ACACGGUCACACCGUCGUCCACUACUUCGCCAGCGCCCGUUCCGCGCGCCGCCGAACCCGCCGCCUCCUCCAGCCUCCGUCCACACCGGAGCUCGCCAGUCAGCCACACCGGCACCGCGGCUCCCGCGGGAACCUCUCCUUCGUGGUUGUCGCCGCCGUGCGCCCCACUCCCCGGUCCCUUCUGGUCGUGGAUUGAGGGCGGGGCGGAGAUCCGUCCGGACUUGGGUUGAUCUCUUGUUGGCUCUUCCUCGUACGCACGAUCGAUCCCAGUCGACACCAUAGAAAUUGGGAAGGUGCGGGUGCAGCUUCUUCUCGCAGAAGCCUAACCCCCAUGUCCCUCGCUAGGCCCACCCGUGUGAUCCCGCCGUGACGCGUCAUCCAUAGUAGAACGCCAUGUUGUCAAGGUUUGCUCACAUAGGGAAGAGCAGAAAACUUGCUCAAACCCUAUUGGUUGCCUCAAAACCCAAUGCUGGUAGUGGGCAAAGCAUUGGUUCAAGCUUUGCAUUUGGUUUGGGUUAUUCCGGCAGGGCUUUUUUGCAUGGGAGGGUUCAUAAUGGUCCAAGCACUUCAUACAUUCUUGGAAGGGCAAACGGGAGCUCACACUGGAGCACUGGUGUGAGAAAGUUCUCAGUUCUUUCGUCUUGUAGCCAGAAUGCAUUUCAGAGCCAACUUGCUUGGAAGCGACUCGUGGAAAUGGGUUCUCGUGCACCAAAAGCAUCUCCAUUUCUGAGUAGGGUUGCUUGUGCCAUUAGCUUGGCUGUGAGUAGAUCUAAUUUAGCUCCUUAUCUCUUCGCUUUCAUAGCGGGAGAGGUAAUGCUAGCUCAGAAGACAUCUGCAGAUGGAGAGUACUACCCAAUACGUGAGCGAGCUCAGGAUGGCCGUAUUUACGUCACCUCUUUAAUAUAUUCGGCAGUGGAGAUGGUUAUUAUAAUCUUCAGAUCAAUAUAUUUGGCAUUGCUGUUCACUCCGAGUAUACUGAUGGCACCAUUUGCAGAGACUCUUGGCAGUAAGUAUAGAAAAACAUGGCUUCGACUUGUCCAUCAUACUUUGGAGCUGGCAGGUCCUGCAUUUAUCAAAUGGGGCCAAUGGGCUGCAACACGCCCUGAUCUAUUUGCAAGUGACCUAUGCACUGAGUUGUCAAAGCUGCACACAAAAGCACCAGCUCACAGCUUUAAGUAUACCAAGAAAACUGUUGAGAAAGCUUUUGGUCGGAAGCUAUCUGACAUUUUUGAGAAUUUUGAAGAGAACCCUGUUGCAUCUGGAAGUGUUGCUCAAGUGCAUAGAGCUGUUUUACAAUUCCGGUAUCCCAGCCAGCAGACAAAGCGUGUAACAGUUGCAGUAAAAGUCAGACAUCCUGGUGUAGGAGACUCGAUACGGAGGGAUUUCAGUAUCAUCAAUGCAGUAGCGAAAAUUUCUAGAUAUAUCCCCACAUUAAAUUGGUUGCGUCUGGAUGAGAGUGUGCAACAGUUUGCUGUCUUCAUGAUGUCUCAAGUUGACCUUGCAAGGGAAGCUGCUCAUUUGAGCCGGUUUAUCUACAACUUCCGAAGGUGGAAGGAUGUAUCUUUCCCAAGACCUCUUUAUCCACUUGUUCAUCCUGCUGUUUUGGUUGAAACCUACGAGCAUGGGGAGAGUGUUUCACACUAUGUUGAUGACCUUGAGGGACAUGAUCGAGUUAAAAGUGCUCUGGCCCAUAUAGGCACUCAUGCGCUCUUGAAAAUGCUACUGGUUGAUAAUUUCGUCCAUGCAGAUAUGCACCCUGGAAAUAUUUUGGUCCGUGUUGUACAACCAAAAAACUCAAAUAACACCCUUAUAAAGUCAAGGCCACAUGUAGUCUUCCUUGAUGUAGGAAUGACCGCUGAACUUUCAAGUAAUGACCGUGUGAAUUUACUUGAGUUUUUCAAGGCUGUUGCUCGCCGUGAUGGUCGUACAGCUGCAGAAAGUACUUUAAAGUUGUCAAAACAGCAGAAUUGCCCAAAUGCAAAAGCUUUUAUUGAGGAAGUUGAGCGAUCAUUCUCUUUUUGGGGCACUGCUGAGGGUGAUGCUGUCCACCCAGCUGAGUGUAUGCACCAGCUUCUUGAGCAAGUUCGACGUCACAAAGUGAACAUCGAUGGCAAUGUUUGCACUGUCAUGGUGACUACAUUAGUACUUGAGGGCUGGCAACGCAAGUUGGACCCAGAUUACAAUGUUAUGAAGACAUUACAGACUUUACUUUUUAAAGAAGACUGGGCAAAGUCUCUUCAAUACACGAUCCAAGGGCUCAUGGCGCCUUAGGAUCUACACUGCCAUCCUCGCGAAAGUUUUGAUCUGGUUUGUGUUCGGCUGGAGGAUGCUCUGCUCUCACCAUCACAUUUUGUUUCUUUUCCAUUUCAUCUACUCUUAGAUCAUACAGUUCUGUACCCGUCCUGGCCUGUGCUGCUAAAGCAGCCUCGAUAAGUAAUAAUUGCAGCAUUGUUUUGAAGAUACCAGAGUACUAUGCUGUAGAUUGCAUUGCCCUGGAUUGGGUCCUUUUUUGCUCCUCCCAAGUCCCAACACUUUUGUCAAUAGCUCUUAGAUGAUGUAGCAAAAGGUGUUUUUAUUCAGGUGAUCUUUUUGUAACUGAGAGACUAUCAGGGAACGAUAGAUUUCUUAUGUACACACAGAGAUACUGUUAAUUGUUUGAAGAAACCUACGUCUCAUCUGACAGUUUCCUGGAUCAA